CGCCUGAGCACCAUGGUGACUGAGCAGGAGGUAGAGGCAAUUGGGCGGACGCUGGUGGACCCCCAGCAACCCCUGCAGACCCGCUUCCGGGCACUCUUCACGCUGCGUGGGCUCGGUGGCCCUGGCGCCAUCGGCUGGAUCAGCCAGGCCUUUGGGGACGACUCCGCCCUGCUCAAGCAUGAGCUGGCAUACUGCCUGGGCCAGAUGCAAGACAAGCGUGCCAUCCCUGUGCUGGUGGACGUGCUGCGGGACACCCGCCAGGAGCCCAUGGUACGCCACGAGGCAGGGGAGGCGCUGGGGGCCAUUGGGGACCCGGAAGUUCUGGAGAUUCUGAAGCAGUACUCCAUGGACCCCGUUGUUGAGGUGGCUGAGACGUGCCAGCUGGCGGUCCGGCGGCUAGAGUGGCUGCAGCAGCACGGUGGGGAGCUGGUGGGGGGGCCGUACCUCUCGGUGGACCCGGCCCCACCAGCCGAGGAGCGUGAUGUGGGACGGCUUCGGCAAGUGCUUCUGGAUGAGGCCCGGCCACUCUUCGACCGGUACCGGGCCAUGUUUGCCCUACGCAACGCUGGUGGCGAGGAGGCCGCCCUGGCACUGGCAGAGGGCCUGCGCUGCGGCAGCGCGCUCUUCCGCCACGAGGUGGGCUAUGUCCUGGGCCAACUACAGCACGAGGCGGCCGUGCCCCAGCUGGCGGCCGCGCUGGCCCGCCGCGCCGAAAGCCCCAUGGUGCGGCACGAGUGCGCCGAGGCCCUGGGCGCCAUCGCCCGGCCCGCCUGCCUGGCCGCGCUGCGUGCGCACGCGGAAGAUCCCGAGCGCGUGGUGCGCGAGAGCUGCGAAGUGGCCCUGGACAUGUACGAGCACGAGAGCGGGGCCGAAUUCCAGUACGCAGACGGCCUCGAGAGGGUGCGCCCGCCUCUCUCCUAA